AUGGCUUCCAGCCACGCUUGUAACCUCAGGGUGCUGGUGGCCGUCGUGUGCGGCCUGCUGACUGCUGUUGUUUUGGGACUGGGCAUCUGGAGGCUGGUGAUCAGGAUCCAGAGAGGAACAGUUACACCUUCAUCAAGCACCCCUAUAGAGUUCUGCAAGAAUGGUGGAACCUGGCAAAAUGGCAGAUGCAUUUGUCCAGAAGAGUGGAAAGGACUGAGAUGUACAAUCAUUAAUUUCUGUGAAAACAGUACCUAUGGGAAUUUUACUUUUAACAGAAUUCCCGUGGGAAGAUAUGGAUCAUCCUUGCAAGUAUGUGACAAGAACACUCUAAAUGCGGGCAAUCCACUGGCAAUUCGGCAGUGCAGUUUUAAUGAAAAUGGAGAAAUAAAAUUACAAAAUGUGACAAUAGGAAAUUGUAAUCAAAAUCUGGAAACCCUGGAAAAGCAGAUUGUCAAUAUCUCAACACAGUCUCAAAGUAUUUCUAAUGAAGUCCAGAUUUUAACAUCGAAUGCCAGUAAAUUAACUCCUGAGAACAUCUUGUCUGCUACGAAAGUGGUUGGACAGAUUUUUAACACAUCCAGAAAUGCUUCAUCUGAGGCGAAAAUAGUUGCUGUGACAACAGUGAGUCAACUUCUAGAUGCCAGUGAAGAUGUUUUUCAAAGAGCUGCUUCUGCUGCUGAUAGUGAUGAUACCUUUGCAACGCUUAUUGAGCAAAUGGAGACAUAUUCCUUGUCUUUGGGCACCCAGCCAUUGAUAGAACCUAAUAUAGCAAUACAGUCAGUUAAUUUCUCUUCAGGAGGCAAUGAGGGGUCUACCGGUGUUCUGUUCACUGUAGUGAAAGGAGCUAGCGAUUCUCUGACUUCUGGUUCCACAUCUGUAAAGGUAGACGUAGACAAACUGAGUCCCAGUGAACAGGCUGAACUUCAGAUCUUGCUGAAAACUAAUGUCAAGGCAUGUGGCUUUGUAGUGUAUCAAAACAACAAGCUUUUCCAAUCAAAAACUUUUAUAACUAAAUCAGACUUUAGUCAAAAAAUUGUCUCAAGCAAAACAGAUGAAAACGUGGAAGAUCAGAGUGCUUCUGUUGAAAUGGUCUUUAAUCCAAUGUACAACCGAACAGAAUUCCAGCUUCAUUCCUAUGCCUGUGUCUACUGGAAUUUUUCCAUGAAGGAUUGGGACACACAUGGCUGUCACAAACGGGGGGCCACUAAUGGGCUUCUACACUGCUACUGCAACCAUACUACUAACUUUGCAGUAUUAAUGAGUUUCAAAAAGGAAUAUAAAUAUCCUGAAUCACUAGAUGUAUUUUCCACAUUUGGAUGUGCACUGUCCAUUGCUGGUCUGGCUCUCACAAUUAUAUUUCAGAUCGGCACCAGGAAAGUCAGAAAAACCUCAGUCACCUGGGUGUUGGUUAGUCUGUGUGCAUCAAUGUUGAUCUUCAACCUCUUCUUCGUGUUUGGAAUUGAAAACUCCAAUAAGAACAUAAAGACCAGUACUAGUGACACCAGUGGUACUAACUUGAGUAACAAUGAAAUGCUCAGACAAGACACUGUUGUCGUCUCGAAUCCCAAAUGCACUGCAGUUGCUGUCUUGCUGCACUAUUUUGGCUUAGCGACCUUUGUCUGGAUGGGACUCAGUGCAGCCCAGCUCUACUUCCUGCUGAUCAGGACCAUGAAGCCGCUUCCUCAGCAUUUCAUCCUCUUUAACUCUUUAAUUGGAUGGGGAGUCCCGGCUAUAGUGGUAGCUGUGACAGUGGGAAUCAUUUGUUCUCAGAAUGGAAAUAAUUCACAGUGGGAAUUAGACUACCGGCAAGAGGAAAUCUGCUGGCUGGCAACUCAAGGAAGCAGUGGUUUGAUAGCAAGUCCAUUGUUGUGGUCAUUCAUUGUACCUGUGACCCUUAUCCUCAUCAGCAACAUUGUUAUGUUUAUUAUCAUUGUAAUCAAAGUACUGUGGAAGAAUAAUCAGAAUCUGACAAGCACAAAGAAGGUUUCAUCCCUAAAGAAGAUUCUUAGCACAUUAUCCGUUGCAGUUGUCUUUGGAAUUACCUGGAUUCUGGCAUACUUAAUGCUAACUGAUAAUGAUAACAUCAGGGUCAUCUUCAGCUACAUAUUCUGCCUUUUCAACACAACUCAGGGAUUGCAAAUUUUUAUCCUCUACACUGUGAGAACAAAAGUCUUCCAGAGCAAAGCGUCCGAAGUGUUGAAGUCGUUGUCGUCCACUGCUGGGAGGGUGAAGGUGCUGCCGUCAGCGCCGCUGAGGCUGCGUGUGAGGAUGUACAGCAUGAUCAGGUCACUCCCAGCCCUGCAGGAGCGUUUCAGGCUGCUGGAGCCGUCCACACUUAGCGAGGAGCUGUCCGAGGGCGAGCGAGGGAGCCCAAGCAUCUAG